UGCCACCCUUCCUGUCCACUGUCCAUUUCUUCCACGACCGCCCGCCUUUCUCCCACCCUCUGGCCCUCUCUCGUUCUCUCAUUCUCCUAUUCUGGUUUUUUUUUUUUCUGCUGCCUUGCCGCGACGCCCGGAAUCCCCAUUUCCGCUGUUCCGCUCCAACACCACUCCGACACACCUGGUUCCUCGAUCAUUCAAUCAUCGUCAGCUUGAAUUAGGUUCUUUUGGGGCGGGGGAAUCAACUCGGCUUCGCAGCAACCGUUAGACGCGCGCACGCACCAAACUUUCCACAAUGGCGGGGAGACCAAACAACAGAGGACCUGGCGGCGGCCAGCCACCAGUCCCGCCAGCAGCCCAGCGUCAAAACGAAUACUUUGUGCCUCGUGAUGGCAUCGAUCGCGAGGUUAUCACAUCAGACAUCUGCAGAUACCUGGGAAACGAUGCGUUGGUGCGCCCUGGCACCUACGAGUCCCCAGAUGGACGUGUCACCCAAGGUUAUUUCAUCACGGCAUACCGAAAUUUGACGUCGGCCAUGAUUCAAGAUCUCAAGGCCGACUCCGCUCGGUGGGAGCAGGAACGGCGCGCAGCGUCCAGGUCUUCGGGCGGCGGCGCUGGAGGUACAACACACUCCAGCCAUUCGAACGGCGUUUAUGUGAGGAGUUCUAACUCGCCCAUAGGCGCUCGCGAGCAGACCCGCGGGCAAUCUGACUACAGCGCGUGGAAGAACCGCCAACGGGAACAGGAGUACGAAGCCUCGUACGGCGCCACUGCCAUGGAUAUUGACUACCAGUCGGCUCCUCCGCCGCCCAAGAACCCGGGCUACGGUGGCCAGCCGUACCCCGGACCUCCCCCUCCUGCCGGAUACCCCCAGGGUGCUUACCCACCACAGGUUCAUCCCGCUGCCGCUCCCCAGUAUCAAACUCAGCCCUACGGAGGAUAUCCGCCCAAUGUUCCGCCAACUCAGUAUUCCCCAGGACCUCAGGGAGGUGACAGAUACGCCGGGAUGGUUCCUCCUCCGCCUAUCCAAGGACAAUUCGCCCAGGAUGCUGCCUUCAUCCACGGAUCCAACUACCAGACUGCCCCUGGAUAUGCCAAUGCACCGAGGAUGCCGGCUAUGCCAUUGGCCCCUUCAUCCGCCCCCCCUUCGAGGGCUUUCAGCACGCCAACAUCAGGUCCUCCAUUUGGCUCGGAAGCAGACCCAUAUGGCUACCCGCCUCCUGCUGGGAUUCCGGCCAGCCAGGCCUUCCCAGCCGACCCUCUUUAUGGCCGCGGUGCGUAUAGUACAACAACAAUCACAAACCCACCCGAGGCUUCGUCUGAUGAUUUAGGUUCCCCUGCAGGUACAGCGCAACGGCAAGGCUACCCGGCCGCCCCGGACCAGCCGCCAUAUGAGGAUCACAACAGCCCGGUGCUUCCCAACACCACCGUUCCUCCAACCAGCUCGACACCCACGAGUGCCGGACCGUCCGGUGGCAGACGCGACCGCGAUUCAGAACCGAGAGACCGAGAGCGUGAUCAUCGAGAGCACAGAGCUCGCCGUUCCGAGACCGAACGCGAUGACAGGCACGGAGACCGGAACAGGCAUCACCGUCGCUAAUCACCGGUCGAACCGCAGGUUUCCCUCCCACGCAAAUGCCCGCGUUAGUCACCACACAAAACUGUCCGCCCCGAAACGUCCUCGGCAUGUCGAGUCCGGAGCGUCUGAUUGAACCGCUAUUAUGUUAAUGCCUGCUAAUGUCUUGGGCUGGGACUAGCUCAUUGUUUGUUUUCUUACUUUCUUUACGCUUCUGGACUCGGCUGCCUUUGCAACCUGCCUUUUUGACACAAGGCCCCCACGGAUAGACCCUGGAUCAGAGGUUUCCACAAACCUCCGGAGCUGCAAGUUGCAUCUCUGUCAACCUUUUUUGGAUCAUGAUAUGACGACAUGCCCUCGAUGCGGGUCUUUCGACUACUUGUUCCGCUGGCCAUUAUUCUGGAUCUUUUCGACAUGUCAAAAGCAUCUUCGCCCCAACUGGAUCAUCUUCUGCCAGCCGGCAACCUUUGGACCCUUGGCAACUUCUGGACAACAGACAGCGGCGGGUGGCAGCCCCGCCGUGUGAUAUUUUUUUUUCUUUCUAUCAUUUUAUUUCCUUUUUUUCUUUUUCGACAGAGGGGCAAGAGACGAGACGAUUUUGAUACCAUACAGGAGAGACAAAUUUGCUGCCUAGGGAAAAAGAACGAUGAUGAGCUUGAGGACAUCUUUACAACGGUUGUAGAUACUUCCUCCCUCGCUGUCCGGAUCGGCUGUCAGGACUGCUUCUUCCUUUGUUGCAUUUUGCCUCUGGCUGUGAACUCUUUUUUGCACGCCCAGGAGUGAGUCGCCUUGCUGACAUCCCGGUUUCUCAACCGCGCAUCCGCCUCUGACAUCAACAACCAGAGACAACGGCUACGGCCGGACAGCGAGGUGAGUGAACGCUUGAAAGAGUGUAUAUAUCUGAUGAAUUCCCUCGGAACACAAUGAGCUAUACCAUUUUCCACCCACCGUCUUCGCCUCGGGCGAGCGAACUGAGCUAUUGCGUUUGAGUCAACUAACACAGCGCAGAUGUUUGAUGAUUCUGGACACCGCUGAGGAACUAUGGAGCCUUCACAUCUUUCUGGACCCUGCUGGAUUUCACUUUCUCUCUUGGCGACUCUCUUCUCCCGUUGGAUCUUUCACACAAGCCAUGGAUUGAGGACCUCUUCGACCCCGCAUAUGGAUACCUGACAACACAACCAUUUUUCUCCCUCGGACGCUCUUUUGACCAUGAGGUGUUCUGACACUGGAUUGCCAGACCCAUCCGGGUUCUGAGAGCACGGAGCUCACACAACAUCAUCGUUCUGGAUCUGAAGCUGAGGCUACCCUCACUGUCAAAGACAUCAAUGAACAACAUCGUGGUAAGGUUGAGCCAUUGGACUUCUUUCUCAUCCGGAUCCUUCUCUUUUCUACACCGGUCAUAUCAGCAAUCGUCAGCCUUGGAAUAUCAACGUUACCAACACACCAGUGGGACUUCGGAUGGAAAGUCAUGGAUUGACAUCAGUCUUGCCUUGGACAGCACGUUUUGGACCACUCAACUUGGACCUGAACUUGACCAACACCGAUAGGGCUCGACACUCCUUCAGGUUACAGACGAAUGUUUCCCUGCUCGUCAGAUCUGUUUGACUUUCCCCUCUGCUGCAUCAUUUUGUCAACGAUUUUCGACCUAUUUCUUCACAUUUGUCUUUGGAUUCAACUUUCUCAGCUGGAUUUGCCAUGGACCCGAGGACUAUCAUUGGACAUGCCAUGGACUACCAUUUGGACCAUUCUUUACUUGACCGGACUUGCACGGCUUGAUGUUCUGUGUCAUGUUACUUGUGUGGAUACCUUUCUCAUAGUCAUCAUCUUUAAGCCGCUUGUUUAUCUUUCACUGCUCAAGAGUUAUUGACGCCUUUAUCUGUCGGUCAUAGCAUGUUUAGCUUCGGGCAUCGCAUGUAUUUGGUAUUGCAUGGUGUCUCUGUUUUGCGCUUGGUGGUCAGUCUUGGAAAACUGGGCUGUUGAAGAAAGCACAAAAGAAUAGGUUACAAGAUUGGGUGGGUGGUUGUCAGAUUUGUUUUGUUUUGCUUAUGUUGUAUGUCAUGAGUUCUGGGCGGGUGUCUAAUUUUGUCUUGUUUCUUUCUUUCACGUUAGUUUGCGCAUACCCAGCUUGUUGCUUGGCAUCUUUUUUUUGGAUGUUCAUGAUGCUUUUGGCUCUUUGGAGAUGGAGUUGAUGAAUACAGUUGGAUUUGAGGUACUUUUGGUUUAUGUUAUUUUGAUCAACGUUGCGAUGUUUGUCAAUGUUAGUUCGAUCAGUGGCGUGAUCAUGGCCCAUUCAUUGUAUUAUACACUCAUCACACAAAGAUUGAUCCCGAAAUGUCAUAGCGUG